AGAACUUGAGCAGGGAUGAACGUUAUGUAUAAAUACGGACACCCAAAGAAAACAGAGUUCAACUUCAUCCCUCAGACGCGCACAACAAAGAUGAAACUCUUGUCUGUUCUCCUCUUUUGCUUCGUGAGCGUAUCGCAUCAAGAAAAUAACGUGAGGCCUCCAGUGCCUUACGCUCGCCAAUCCCGUGCUCGUUACGUACCUCUUUUUUAUUCUAACGGUGUUCCAGCCGGCUACGAUUUUAUUGACGACAAUAAGGCUGAAGAAAUUCUACCUAGAAAUAACAUCAACGAGACGCCUUUAGGUCGUUUGUUCAACAACAUACUGACACCGAUCUCUAAUUUAAUUACGAGGACAUCUACGAUCACUAGCACUGUUGUAUCGACGGUAACCACAGCAACAUACACCCAUUGUCUACCUACCGAGCAGUUCAAAAUAGCUGUACCGGCUACUACAACUGCUACUCCAGCCGUCACUGAGGUGCGUUCCACUGCAGUUUGCGCCCGCCGUCGCCGGGAUGUUGCUGAAUUUUUAAUAAAAGGCGAUUCGGAUGUCGACAUUCAUCCCGCUGAACCCCUACCGAUUGAGGCUAGUGCCGUGGUUGAUACCCCAUCAGAAAUGAGAGAGAUUCAACCGACCCAGGCGGAACUGUUGUCAUCCAAGUCGGAUGAACUGGUAGAAAAUCCCGAAGUGCGGCAAGGACUCAAUGCUAACGCGGCCACGAAAUUGGUUACUGUGUUCACUACGAGUUACACGUUCGUUCCUAAAACUCUCACAGUGACUGCAACAUUGGCCGCAGAUGAAGGGCUGCUUUGUCGUCCAGCCGGAUACGCCCUUUGUUGAAAUUGAUAUUCAUUUGAGCUCAGGAUUGUUCUUUGAUUUUAUUUAAAACAUUUUACUUACGAGCAUCUGAAAUUUUCCCAGUUUUCUAUGCCUUUUUCUCAAAAUGCAUUUCGACUUCAUUUUUCCUUCCUUUUUUAUUCGUGAUGGUGAUUAAUACACAAGCCUAAGUUAUA